AUGCCGGUCGAGAAAGUAGAGAUUGCCGACGCAAACUUAUUUGCACUAACGAAGAUGAGUGUUGGAAGUGAGGUGGGUGUUAUCUCUGGACAACUAGCCCAGGUUGUAGAACUGAUCCUCAAUCCUGCUGUGCCAGAACAACAGAGACAACAAGCGUUCCAGCAGAUAGAGGAAUUCAAGGAAAAGUCUCCACUUGUCAGUCAAUGUGGAUUUUGUUUGUGUACUGUCACAAACUCUGAAGUGGUUCGACAUUUUGGUCUCCAACUUCUCGAAGAUAUUGUUAAGGGACGAUGGAACGAGAUGUCUGGAGAAGAGAAGGUUUAUAUCAAGGAGAACCUAAUCAAGGUGGUAGAGGUUGGAACUAAUUCAAUACUUGAAGAAAAAAAUCAUCUGAAAGAUCAACUGGCUAAAGUUGUUGUAGAAAUAAUUAAGCGUGAAUGGCCUCAACAAUGGCCUAGUCUACUGGGAGAACUAGAUGCAUUAUGUCGGAUUGGUGAAACUCAAACAGAGUUAGUCAUGUUCAUACUUCUUAGAUUAGUAGAAGAUGUUGCCAUUCUGCAAACUUUGGAACAAUCUCAGCGUAGGAAAGAAAUCUACUCAGCUCUGACCACUAACAUGGAGCAAAUAUUUAGAUUUUUGCUUGGUUUGCUUGAGAAGCAUUAUCAGGCUUAUUUAUCAGAUAGUGCAUCUCUACAGGGAGCUAAACAUUGCAAGGUUUGCAUGUCGAUCCUGAACACGUUCAGUAGUCUGGUUGAGUGGGUCCCCAUGCAGCACAUCAUGGCAAACAACAAAUACCUCCUCAGCUGUCUCACGCAUCUUCUGAAAGACGAGAGUCUGCAGAUUUAUGCCGCGGAUUGUCUUCUAGGUAUAGUGGGCUGGAAGGCGGGCAAGAUGACCGAUAGGGCCCAGAUUCUCUGCCUGUUUGAGAUGGAUAUGAUGCGACCCUUAUUUGCGGCAACCGAGGCUGCAGAACAGCAUGCACUUGAAGAGAACCACUACAAUUUCAUGAAGAAAAUGGUUCAAAUUCUAACAGUGCUUGGUGAGCAGUUGUGCGCCCUGUGGACGAAGGAUUCGCCGCGUACAGUUCCCAAUCUGGAGAUUUACCUGAACGCUCUGAUUGCGUUUACGCGGCAUCCCAGCCAGACAAUUAAUUUGUUCGCAAACGAACUCUGGUUCAAAUUCUUCAGGCAUCCUGAUAUAUCAUUAAAUCCUGUAUUUCUCUCCUUUAUGAAUACUUGGAUUCAAACAGCAGUCAAGAAAACAGUUAAGGUUGGGUAUCCAACCCAAGACAAUCAUCCCUCCUGCGCCUACUCCCUUCUCGACUUCGACGACGACGAAGAAUUUUGGAAUUUCUUUAUCAAAUAUCGUCUUUGUAUCGUAGAAAUCGUCAAACACAUCAGUUCGUCCAACCCCGCCACACCAUUGGCUCUCCUAGACGAAUGGUUAAGAUUCUCUUUAACUACUCCAGCCCCCCUGGUAGAUCUUGAAGCUAUUUCAACCCUACUGGAUGCUGUCUACUCUAAACUAACCCUGGAGCAGCUUAAUCUAAUCUAUCCCCAGACUGCUGCUCUUAUGCAGCUCUGUAUUGAGUUCAAGUCCGAGGACUCGCAGGUAUUAUCCGAGGUUCUAUCCUGUAUCUCUGCUAUGUUUAUCCUGGUUCAGAAGAACCCUGAGGCUCUGAGCCCUAUCCUGGAAAAGAUAUUCUCAACCCUCUCACGACCUGUCACAACUCAAUCUAAAGAAACAAGAACACUCAGAAGACAUUGCUGUGCCCUGAUGAUCCGUCUAAGUUUAAAGUUCCCGGAAGUUCUUCUCACAGCGUUCACAUUUCUAAAUGUUGAAAUCAACAGAUUGUUUCAGCAAGGGCUGCUUACAAGAAUGGAGUAUGUUACCCUGCUGGAGGCCUGUGUCAUAAUUAGCAACAAAAUAGAAAACUACGAUAGACAAGUGGAAUUCAUUAGGAGUGUAUUCGAACCAGUUGUUGAACAGUUAAAGACCCUGGAACCUCAUUACAGCUCACCUGAGAGAUUACUGCAGUACAUCGGGCUGGACAAAGAACCUGUCCCCUACCAGGACAAAAUUAACGGACACAGCACAGACCCGUAUUAUGAUAACCGGUGCUCACUGUCUACAAACAUGAACUUUAUGUUGGCUGUGAGUAGGAGAGUUGAGCCCCCCACCAACCCAACCAUCCUGGCAAACGGGGGGUUCCAGGUUCAUGUUCAGGGGAAACUUAUCACGAGGAACCCGGCUGGAAGCCUGGUGUGCUCUGUACUGAAUAAUAUCUUGAUCCUGGGGAAAUCUAUGAACCAGAUGUUUGACCCUGUGAUGAAGAGUAAGCUGAGUCCUGGGUUUAGUAAAGUGUUUGAUCUCCUGGAAGUUGAUAAAAAUAAUAUUCUUGGACUCCCUGGUAGCAGAUCUGCUAAGAGUGAACUAACCUACCAGAUCAAGGUUCCUGAACCUGUAGUCAAGAUGCAGAACUUUAUCACAGAGCUGUUCGAGUCCUGUCAACAUUUACUCUCUCAUUUAUGCACAAAUAUAGGGUAUGAAUUCUACCAUCAACCAAGCCUUGCUGAAGGUUUAUGUAUGACGGUUCUAUUGCACCUGGAGGGAUUACCAGAUUUCCGUCUGCGCGCUAUUAACCGUAUGUUCCUCAAGAGCUUUAUCAACAAGUGCCCUGUAGAGUGUUUUGAUGCUGUUUUGAUACCAAUGCUGAAACAGGUGGUUCCUGUUAUGAUGAAUAGGCUUCAAGAGCGUUGGUGUUACUUAAAAAAAAUACGCGAAAACCCGUCGUUUGACGAGGACAACACGGACAGCCAGGAGGUCUUAGACAACGUGAUCAUCAGGGUGCUCGCCAGAGAGUACUUAGAAACUAUCAAGGCAAUGCUAACUAGCGGGGGUGGGUUGGAUUCACCAAAGGAAGAUACAAACACUGCAACUCUUAGUCUAAGUCCCCUGGGUGAACGUGUUCUGAUUGACCCAGAACUCCGGAAUGAUGUGAUGCUGACCUGCCUACAGGGUCUGCGUUGGCCAGAUAGUCCCUCCGGAUGCAAAGCCGCAGCGCUCACGGAACUCAUCCUUCCGGUGCUCGUUAGGAACAAUGCUUUUGGCCCAGAGGGAGCUAGUUCUAUUAUGUUUGAGGUAUUGACUGGGUUCCAAGAGAUGGGUAUGCACGAAGCAAACAAUAUUGCUCUAACUCACCUUGCUCUACUCUCAUACGAGACAUUAAGACCUAGUUUCCCAUCUGUGCUCUCAACCCCUUGUCCCUUUUUUGUGCCUGGUUGUAUCCAGGAGGACUUGCUGAAGUUCGACGCCAAGAUCCUAAACAACAACGGUGGGACCGGGUGGGGGGAGAAGGCGAAGAAAGACAUGUUUAAGAAGCUGAUCGCCAAACUGAUCGGGAAGGAUGUGGCGAAACUAUUUAAGAAAGAAAUUGUGAUUAAGAAUCUCCCAUCGCUUGUACCCACGAAGAUAAAAGCCCGAACUCUGACCCUGGAUGAACAAGUUGAUAGAACAGGAGAGGAUACAGGACUCUGCAACUUGUUCAACGGAAACUGAAAAUAAACUGGAGAAAGAAAAUAGAAAAUAGAAUCUUUAAUGUAGGGGAUGAAACAACCUAUCGUGAAUGUAAAAUGAAUUAAUGUUUUUAUAAUUUCUUUAUUUUUUCAUUUCUGUGUUCAAAUUUGAAUCGGAAAAAAAGUUUUCAAAUUUCUGUUAAAAAUCUGGCAUUAUUAUUAUUAUUAAUUUUUAAUAUCCUUCACGCCCCAACUUGUGAUAAAUAAUGUAAUUUUUCAUCAAUUAAAAAUACAUCUGUGAUUUUG